AUGACACUUCUGAAUGAAAGCGGUCCAUGGGUUGUGGAUAGAAAUUUUUCCAGCGAUUCAGCAAGUACCUCGGGAGAUGUUGAAGCGAUGGAACUUGCGCAUGAAGAUGCUCCAGUUGUUUGUGCUAACAACGCAGAACAACAAGAAGAAAGUAUGGCAACUGGUGUAGAAACACAAACAGAAACAUUUGAUUAUUUAUAUCGAAAAACUGUCGGAUGUGAAGCGCCCAACAAGGACGCUGAAACCCAAACAGAGGCAUUCGAUUAUUUAUAUCGAGAAACUGGCUGUUUAGAAGCGCCUGACAAGGACGCUGAAACCCAGACAGAAGAAUUUGACUAUCUUGUCCCUAAAAGUAGCGGCUAUCAAGCAUCAGACAGGGAAUUCUUUAAAGGUGACGAGAAGGUGCGUCUUUACAGAGGUCUGCCUUCAUACGAAGUACUCUUGGUGAUAUUUGAACAUGUUGCUCCUGAUGUCACUCGCUGUACUCAAUCAUUAGACAGAUUUCAAGAAUUUGUGCUGGUUUUGAUGAAACUUCGGUUAAAUGUGCCACUUCAGCACUUGGCUUACCGAUUUAACAUAUCUUUGACCACAGCCUCUAGAAUUUUUUCAUCUUGGAUGGUGGUGCUGGAUGCCAAGUUGUCUACUCUUGUUUUUUGGCCCGAAAGAGAACAGUUACGGAACACAAUGCCACUUUGUUUUCAGUAUGCUUUCAGAAAGAAAGUCACUGUGGUAAUCGAUUGUUUUGAGCUGUUUAUUGAAUGUCCAUCAAACUUACUUGCAAGGGCCCAAACAUUCUCCUCAUAUAAGCACCACAACACUAUAAAAAUACUCAUUGGUAUUUCCCCUCAAGGAAGCAUAUGUUUUGUGUCAGAAGUGUGGGAAGGCCGCACUUCUGAUAAGUAUUUGACCGAAAAUUGUGGAUUUUUGGAACAUUUAUUACCUGGGGACAUGGUAAUGGCGGACAGAGGAUUCACCAUUGCAGAGAGUGUCGGCUUAAAACAAGCAAAGUUGGUGAUUCCAGCAUUCACGAAAGGAAAAUCCCAGCUCGGCCCUGUGGAUGUGGAAAAAACAAGGGGAAUUGCAAAUGUGCGUAUCCAUGUGGAGCGAGUGAUCGGAUUGUUA